AAUCGAGAUUCAACACAGCAAUCACCUCUGCGAAUAUCAUCAUGAAGGUAUUCGUGGUUUUGCUCGUUGUAGCUACGGUUGCCGGUUUCGCAAAGGCCGGUUUCCUUAGCGGAGGCGGCGGAGGCUACGGAGGCGGCGGCGGCUAUGGGGGUGGCGGCGGCGGCUGGAAAUCCGGCGGCGGUGGCUUCGGCGGAGGCGGCGGAGGCUAUGGCGGCGGCGGCGGCUGGAGAUCCGGCGGGGGCGGAGGCGGGUGGAAAUCCGGAGGAGGCGGUUUCGGCGGAGGCGGUGGCUACGGCGGCAGCAGCGGCGGAACAGUGAAAAUUAUCAAAAUCAUCUCUUCCGGAGGCGGCGGCGGCGGCUACGGUGGUGGCGGCGGAUACGGGGGCGGCGGCGGCUGGAAGAGCGGCGGCGGCGGAUGGAGCAGCGGCGGAGGCGGUUGGAGCAGUGGCGGAGGCGGCGGAGGAUGGUGGUAAAUCGUUCAGGCAACUGCAAUUUGUAUAUAUUCCAAAACUGUUCGACCAUUUUCUUUUCGGGUACAGAGUUUAUUUUUAUACCAAAAAAACUGUUUUUCCGGUUUGUUGUAAAUAUAAA